AUGUGCCAGAGCACCAGUAAUUGGGGACAUUCUUCCUGCGCUCUUGGCCGUCUUACCUAUACAAGUGGUAUACAUCGGUUUCAUUUUAUUGUUUUCUACGAUAUGGCAUUCAUUGGCAUUCUCCCAGCAAGCAUAACACCUGAACGUUCGAUGAUGGGCUCCUAUUUUGACACUUGUGGAACACAUGGAUGGUGGAUUGAUGAUCAUGUAUACAUGAAUGGAAAAAUGAUAAAAAGACAAUGGACAAACGCUAAAGAGAAUGUGAUUUAUGAACUUAUCCUUGAUUGUGAUCAACGACGAUUGGGCAUUCGGAAUAAUACAAUGGCUACAUAUGAAUGUAUGGACAUGAAUUCUGCGCAUGCUGCUUGCCCGUGGCGUCUUCUCGUUGGUGUUAGAGGAGAUAGCAAUCGACUAAUACUCUUAUGA